AUGGAUUCGUUCAUGCUGCAGGAUGAAGGCGUCCGCGACCGCAUCCGGCAAGCCGAGGAAUUUCUAGAUCCCAGCGAUCCGCAUGCGCGCAGCUACAGAUCGGACAUCAUCUUGAUGCUCCAAAAGAACCAACGCCGCCUGACGGUUAACCUUGACCACGUCCGCGACCACAGCAGGGACCUCGCCCAAGGCAUCUUGCAGCAGCCUUUCGACUAUAUCUUGGCCUUCAACCAUGCCCUCAAAGAGAUUGUCCAGGCCAUACCACAAGCCCGGCCCGACCAGACAGCUCGCGACACCAUGUACUACUGCGCUUGGGCGGGCAGCUUCGGGCUCAACUCAUGUAAUCCCCGCACGCUCUCCUCCCAGCAUCUCAACCAAAUGGUCUCCAUUGAGGGCAUUGUUACUCGAUGCUCCCUCAUCAGGCCCAAGGUCGUGCGCAGCGUACACUACAACGAAGCCAAAGACAAGUUCCACUUCCGCGAGUACCAGGAUCAGACCAUGACCAACGGAGUUACCACCUCCAGCGUCUACCCGAGGGAGGAUGAAGACGGGAAUCCUCUCGUCACCGAGUACGGAUUCUGUACGUACAGGGACCAUCAGACAGUCUCGAUACAGGAAAUGCCUGAGCGCGCACCCGCCGGUCAGCUGCCGCGCGGCGUCGAUGUCAUCCUUGAUGAUGACUUGGUGGACCGAGUCAAGCCCGGCGACAGAGUCCAGCUAGUGGGCAUCUUCCGCACCCUCGGCAACCGCAACACCAACCACAACAGCGCCCUUUUCAAGACCAUAAUCCUUGCAAACAACGUCGUCCUCCUGUCCUCCAAAUCUGGCGGUGGUGUCGCGACAGCCACCAUCACGGACACUGACAUCCGGAAUAUCAACAAGGUCUCCAAGCGGAAAAACCUCCUUGAGCUCCUUUCACAGUCUUUGGCGCCUAGCAUAUACGGUCACGGUUACAUCAAGAAAGCCAUACUUCUCAUGCUGCUAGGGGGCAUGGAGAAGAACCUGGAAAACGGCACGCAUCUCAGGGGUGACAUCAACAUUCUCAUGGUCGGUGAUCCGUCCACGGCCAAGUCGCAGCUCCUCCGCUUCGUGCUCAAUACCGCCCCCCUCGCCAUCGCCACUACGGGCCGUGGGUCGUCCGGCGUCGGAUUGACGGCUGCUGUCACUUCAGACAAGGAGACUGGGGAGAGGAGACUUGAGGCCGGUGCCAUGGUAAUGGCCGACCGCGGUGUUGUGUGCAUCGACGAGUUUGACAAGAUGUCGGACGUGGACAGAGUCGCGAUUCACGAAGUAAUGGAGCAACAGACCGUCACAAUCGCCAAGGCUGGCAUACACACAUCUCUCAACGCCCGCUGCUCCGUCGUCGCGGCCGCGAACCCUAUCUUUGGCCAGUACGACCCUCACAAGGACCCUCACAAGAACAUUGCCCUUCCAGACUCUCUACUAUCUCGAUUCGACCUUCUCUUCGUCGUCACCGACGACAUUGAAGACACGAGGGAUCGUCAAGUGUCUGAGCACGUGCUACGCAUGCACCGAUACCGCCAGGCUGGUAGCGAGGAGGGGGCUCCCGUGCGCGAACAGACCGCACAAUCGCUCGGGGUGUCCGCCGAUAGCCAGGCCGCUUCUCAGGGCCCGACCGAGGUCUACGAGAAAUAUGACGCCAUGCUCCAUGCCGGGGUUCCGCUCACGUCUGGCCGCGGCGCGAACAAGAAGCCGGAGAUAUUGAGCAUACCGUUCAUGAAGAAGUACAUACAAUACGCCAAGACACGUAUCAAGCCAGUCUUGACUCAGGAAGCCUCCGACCGUAUCGCUGAGAUAUACGUCGGCCUUCGAAACGAUGAAAUGGAAGGCAAUCAAAGACGGACGAGCCCGCUCACCGUGCGCACGCUUGAGACCAUUAUUCGUCUCGCCACGGCCCACGCCAAGGCGCGUCUGUCGAACCGAGUCGAGGAACGCGACGCCGCGGCCGCAGAGGCCAUCUUGAGGUUUGCACUAUUCAAGGAGGUGGUCGAGGAUGAAUCGCGCAAGAAACGGAGACGGACACAGGCGACUGAUUUCGCCUCCUCCAGCGAGGAGAGCUCCGACAGCGAUGGCGAGGACAACGACGAGCAUGAAGGUCGGGCAACGACUUCCUACCGCGGCGGUCGAAGUAGGCGGCGGCCUGCCCAGCAUGUGACCCGCUCCCAAACGGGCGCGUCAGCAUCAGCAGACCUUGAGCAGGCCAACGGCGCGAGUCUGGGCACUCCAGACGUUGCAGAGACGUCACAAGCUCCCCGUCGGUCAGGCCGAUCUAGGAACGGCGUCUUGCAGUCACAGACAUCCUUUGCCUCGUCCCUGCCAGCAUCGCAGCUGCCGUUGGAGACGCAGGAUGAGAGCCAGGCUGAGGAGGAGAUUGUCAGUGGCGCGGGUGGCCUAAGCAUCCAUGAUGACGGCACUCCCAUCGACCCUGGAAGGGUCGCCGUCUUCAGGACAGCUCUGGGGCAGUUGCUCAGUACUGACCUCUUUCAAGAUGACUCUGCAUCGCUGGCGGCAGUGACUGCUGCUGUCAACGGCAAGAUCCACGCUCGUGACGGCGGUGCGUUUGGGAGGGAAGAGGCCGUCAAGGCUCUCAAAGAACUGGAGAAGCUGAAUCAUAUCAUGUUUGCGGAUGGCGAUCUGGUGUACAAGAUAUAA